UUUUCCUGGAAGUGAAAGAGCCACCGUGACUCGAUUAUCUGAAGCCAAAAAUCAAAAUCUCUUCAUAUGAUGAACGUGUUAGUUUCGUAAGAUGUGGCGAAGAUCUGUUGUGUCUCGUAUCUCCUCGAGGAUCUCUGUUUCUUCUUCUUUACCAACAAACCCUAGACUGAUUCCUUGGUCUCGCGAGUUGUGUGUCGUUAACAGCUUCACCGAGCCUCCGCUUCCUUCGGAAUCAACUGCUAAGUUAGGGAUCACUGGGGUUAGAUCCGAUGCGAAUCGAGUUUUUGCCUCAGGUACUGUCGCCGCCGCAGCUACCACCGGUGAGAUUUCGUCUAGAGUUGCGGCUGUGGCUGGUUUAGGGCAUCACUACGCUCGUUGUUAUUGGGACCUUUCUAAAGCUCGCCUUAGUGUGGUUAACCCUCCAGAGCUCUUAAUUAUUGGUUGUGGAAGAGACAUUCACCCGGUAACUCCUGAGGUCCGUCAGUUUGUGAAGUCCAUUGGAAUGAAGUUAGAAACAGUUGAUUCUAGAAACGCUGCAUCAACUUACAACAUUCUGAAUGAAGAAGGAAGAGUUGUUGCUGCGGCAUUGCUUCCAUACGGAGUUACAUCCUAAACAAAAACUAACAUCAAAUCGAUUUCGCGAAGAAGAAGAAGAAGAAGAAGAAGAAGAGAGAGAGAGAGAUAAACGCGGGUGAGUUUUUUUUUCUUUCUUUUGUUCAUUUCUUCUCCCACCAAUGAAAAUGUGACACGUCGUAGGUUGCAAGUAGUUCCAAAAA